AUUCAAUGUUCGUUAAAGCAGACUUUCAAUGUCGGUUCAUUACAGUAGUUUAUUUAUUCUUAAAAAGACUAAUACUCCCUCUGUCCCUAAAAGAAGUUCCAUUUCGCUUAUCGAGGGUCAACUUAAAUCACUCUUAAACUCUUACUUUUUAUAUCAAAAUUUUAUAAAAGUUAAAUUAUUUUUUGCAGGCUUUGCAGCGGAUUUAAUGUAGUUUAUGAAUAUGUAAAUUUUAUUUACUAAAAAAAAUCCGAGUUUUCACAGGGAUCAUUUAACUUUAUCGUCAGUCAACCUUCGUAAUCCGCAAUUGAAACAACAUUUAGGGACAGAGGGAGUAAUAAGUAAUUACUACGUGGAGUAUUACGUAGAAGUAAAGAUGAAACUUUUAUUUAUUUAACAUAUAUAAAUUCAGUAUUAUUACCAAACAUCUUAUGGGUCGAUGACAUCAUUGUUGUGAUACUUCCAACGAGAUCACAUCUUCAAAAUCCACCCUCACAUGUAUUAAGGAGUACUACCUACUCCGUAUUAUUUAGUAAUUCCGUAUUAGAGGUCGAGUCGAUAUCUUCAUGCGAUAUAUAUGUCCGUACGUAUUAGAUUAAAUGGAUCGGCACUGGUCACAAUCAAACGCACAUAGACAAAAUUGCCUGCAUCUUGGUGUACACCUACUCCCCUGUGCCUGCAGCCAUCUCCUACUGAGCACACGGCGGCCUCUGCCGCCGCUGCUUGAUGCCGCUGUCGCAGGCGGUGUUUUAACAGCGGCCGUAGAAACCGUCGUCGAUGCUUCGCUUCCCAAGAUGGCCGCCGAACCAUUGCCGCCGGUGCAAAGCACCAAAAGGAGCAGCAAGAUCAUGACCCCCACGGCCAUUUUGGAAGACAUCGCUGCCUUUUCCCCUGCCAUGCUAUGGCGGCGUUGCGCUACUGAGCUGAAGUGUAGUGUUUUCUGUGGGUACAACGUUCAGCACCUAUUUAUAGAGAGGAGUAUGGGUUUUGAUUCAGAGUUCACCAAUUUUUAGUUUGAUUCUAUUCGGUUUCUAUUCAAAUAUUCAAUACGAUUUAAUGAACUAUUGUCAAAACGUAGUAAGGAUUUUCUAUUCAAAUAUUCAAUACGAUUUAAUGAACUAUUGUCAAAACGUAGUAAGGAUGUUUUCUUUUGGACUGAAAUUUGCUGGUCUGGUCUGGUCUGGUCUGUUUAAGUCUGGUCUGAUCUGGUCUGUUUAAGUAUGGUCUGAACUGGUCUGGUCUGGUAAACGUCUGGUCUCUGUGUAUUUUAUAACUACGGAAGUCUGGUCUGGUCUGUUUAAGUCUGGUCUGGUCUGGUCUGUUUAAGUCUGGUCUGGUCUGGUCUGGUUUGGUCUGGUCUGUUUAAGUCUGGUCUAGUCUGGGACUGAAAAUAGUCCAAAAGAAAACAUCCUAAAACAUACAAGGACUAUGUUUCGAUUUGACCUGACUCGAUUUAAUUUGAUUUUAUUCAUUUUGCAUUUGUUAUUUCAUUGAGGUUUAUAAUUCAAUUUAAUUUUAUUUGGGUUUUCACGGUUUUGAUUUGUUCAAUUCGGUAGAGUUUGAGAGAAAUACUAAUGGCAUGUUUACUAGCAGAAAUAAUUUUCAGUUUUAAAAAUGGAAAACUAAAAAAUGAAAAUAGAAAAUUGUAGAUACAAGAACUAAAAAAUGAAAAUAGAAAAUUGGAGAACGAAAAUCAGAAAAAAACAACUGAAAAAUAUAUUUGUUAGUAAAUAAACUCUUACUAAUUUU